AUGGCGUCGCCAAUAGUGAAACUCAAAUGCAACAUCGGCAACAUCGUGAAGCUCAAGAAAAUGGUUUCCACGUGGUGGAGGCACAACAGAGCUGGCGGCAGCGGCGGCGGAAGGAAUCCACCCCCUGAUGUCCCGCCGGGCCACCUGGCUGUUCUCGUUGGGACAUUUCGCCGGAGAUUUGUGAUCAAGGUAGAGCAACUGAACCACCCCAUUUUGCAGCACCUCCUGGACCAGGCGUAUGAGGAGUGCAGCCAUCAGAGGGAUGGGCCAUUAGCUUUGCCUUGCGACGAGUCUCUCUUCCGAGAAGUGGUGGGCUCGAUAGAACGCGGCGCGACUGCAGAUCCUCAUGUCGUGUCGAAGAACGGAGGGAGUUGGCCCCGCUUAUGUCUGGAUCCAUGA